AUGCAGCAGUUUAUUUCGUAAUGUUUUUGAUGCGGAGGCUGGCGCUGAAUGCAGUCUGUAUUUGUAGAGCAUACGCUUUUUAUUGACUUGGAUUAGGAGGGAUUGUAAACUCGUUCAUCUCUGGGAUUGUCAGUUACUUUUUGCUGUUGCCGACUGCGGUGCGACGCACUCAGCAGAUUCAAGCAGAGAGUGGAAUGGUAGACCGCAUGAUGGCAAUGAACCAUGGACGUUUCCCAGAUGCUGUGAAUGGGCAUCAGCACUCCGCGCGCAGGAUGGUAAUGGGACAGUUUUCCAACGCGCUUCCCCAGCAGCAGCAGCAGCAUUAUAACGUUAUCAUGGGAGAUCACAUGCAUUACGCGGGAGGGAAUGUAAACGCAAACCACGGGAUCCGGCAUUCCAUGACCUCUGGAAAUAAUAUAAACGGAGGGAUUCCCAAUGGCAACUUGCCUGCCCGCUUUAACUCCCAGUUUGUCGGACAAGGGCAGCAGCUCGCUGCCAGCAUGCAGUUGCAGAAGCUCAACACGCCUUACUACGGUCACCUCACGCAUCCUUCUCAUCAUCACUAUUACAUGCACGAACUGCACCCCGCCAGCCCCCAGUUAAACGGGACAGGACAGCAGUUCCGAGACAGUAACGCUAAGCAGAACACGUCUGGGGUUCCUCUGUCUGGCCACCACAUGCCUGCAGCAAUGCUGCCCCCCAACGUUAUCGACACGGAUUUUAUUGACGAGGAGGUCUUGAUGUCACUGGUGAUAGAAAUGGGCUUGGACCGAAUAAAGGAGCUGCCAGAGCUCUGGCUGGGACAGAAUGAGUUUGAUUUCAUGACAGACUUCGUUUGUAAGCAACAGCCCAGCCGAGUGAGCUGUUAAUCUCACCUUUUCCGUUUUUGUUCCUUUUUUUUUUGGUUUUGUCCUUUUUUAUGAGACUGAUAUUACUGGUGUGUUUUCCUAGAUCCAUAAACCACAGGGUUCCCACAGUCCUGGAUACAUCAGGGAGUUUCAAAAGUGUGAUUUCCAGGCCUGAAAAAGUCAUGGGGAUUAAUUAAAUAUGUUAAAGUUCAUGGAAAUUUGUGUAGUCAAUAUCAAUUUUUUUUUAGAUUCCAUUGAUGUAAAAAAAUGAAUGCGAUCUCUAUAUUUUUAAAAAUCCUUCAGAUCACAGAUGACUGGAGAAGGGGGAAAUCAUUUAAAUUCAUUAGUUAGAAAGUGUGGGAACCCUGAAAUCUAAAUGAUGAACCCACAAAACAGCCAUGGAAGUACCGUUCAAGAGUAAACUAUCAUCAGCUGGUUAAUGCCAUUAUGUUACAGAAAUGGAUUUGUUUUGCAUGAGGAUGGUUUGGACACCUAAGACUCAUGCUAUGCAUCACAUACGCAGGGGCUGGAGAGAGAAAUGCAAAGAAAUCCCUGAAAACUCAAGAAUAUCUGUUCAGUAUUAAUGUAGCAGACAAAAUAGACAAAAAAAAAUCAUGUUUUGUUCCUUCAGACACUUUUAACAUGAGACCUCCAGUGAUAUCAGAUGUCAGUGAAUGCAUAUUCUAAAUAAUGUUGGUGGUUAUGUGACAUGAUUGUAAAUAAUAGUGUGUAAUUGUCUCAAUCAGCAAUGUACUAUAAACUUUAGUGGCCAUAUUUACCAGAUUCCUGUGCUGCUCAGAGAUUCACUGAACUGUGAGCAGAUGCUUGAAGUUGUUCUUCUCUCCACCCUUUCUACAUCUACUCAGGCUCAUGUUGCCUCCAUGAUGCUUGUAUGUAUAUCAGAGCCUAAAACAUAUACGGAAGUGAUAUGAAUGUGAGCGAGAGUGUGCAUUUGCCAGCUACUCUAUAUGCUUAAUUGAGUACAGUGUAUCAGAAAGUCCAGGAAAAGACAUUCCGAUCCUGAAUGUCAUAGUCUGGAAUGUUGUAAAGGAAGGGAAUGUGGAAAUAUCCCAACACAGAAGAGUUUCAUCUUCAUCGGUUUUGAAAAAUAGAUAGACCACUGUGCUUAUUAUAGUAUGCGGUACAUGGCAAUACUACUGUGUUGAGGCUUUCUAGGAAAGUUUUACAGUAUUUUUGUAUAUUUUUAGAAUAAAAUGUUAAUUUAUUAUAUUUUAAUUUGCAAACAUAAAUAAAGCAGCAGAGGCUCAUUACUGAAGUCAAUGCCCUGUUCUUUUGGGUGUCAGCAUCAUUUAUGAUUCCAAAUUUGAAUUAUG